ACAAACCAGUGUGCGGUCAUGGCAUUCCAGCAGACACUCAACCGUCUUUUGAUCCCCGUUGCUCUCGCCGGUGCCCUGUUCCAGUCUAGCAUUUACGAUGUUCCCGGAGGUUUCAGGGCUGUCAUGUUCGACCGGUUUGCGGGUGUGAAGGACGACGCAAAGCCCGAGGGUACUCAUUUCCUCAUCCCGUGGCUGCAGCGGGCCAUUCUCUACGACUGUCGGAUCAAGCCGAGAAAUAUUUCUACCACCACUGGCUCAAAAGACCUUCAGAUGGUCUCUAUCACCCUCCGUGUGCUCUCACGCCCCGAUGUCGAGCACCUCUCUAAAAUCUAUCAAAAACUUGGCCUCGACUAUGACGAGCGCGUGCUGCCUUCCGUCGGAAACGAAGUUUUGAAGAGUAUCGUUGCACAGUUUGAUGCAGCAGAGUUGAUUACCCAGCGUGAAGUUGUCUCGUCGCGGAUACGCGAAGACCUACUCCAGCGUGCUGGGGAGUUCAACAUCAAACUUGAAGAUGUCUCCAUUACCCACUUGACGUUCGGCAAGGAAUUUACCCAAGCCGUCGAGGCCAAGCAAAUUGCUCAACAAGAUGCUGAGCGUGCGAAAUUCAUCGUCGAGAAGGCUGAGCAGGAGCGCCAAGCGGCCGUCAUCCGCGCAGAGGGUGAAGCCGAGGCUGCCGCGGUUAUCUCGCAGGCCCUGAACAAGGCUGGCGAGGCAUUUGUCGCAUUUCGCAAGAUUGAAGCAAGCAAAGCGAUUGUACAGUCACUGGCGAACAACCCGAAUGUGACCUACAUCCCGAGCGGCGGAGGAAAUGUGCUUCUAAAUGUUCCUACUGGCCGCAAUCAGUAGUAGUUUGUUUACCUGUCAUCCUGUAAUUAGUCUAUUCCUUCUUUGGUGUUCCUGCAAAAGUUAUGGGCGUUGUGGCGCG